CCGCAGCGUUCACCCUGGACCAGGACAGAGGCCCAGUGAGCAAACAUGGGAGCCACUGUUUUGUCAUGAACUCACAUGGGAUUAUUUCCUCCCAAUCUGCAGUUCAGCUUCAGGCCAAGUCAGGAAAAUGCUUCAACAUGACAGCUUAUAUCCUGUGGAAUGUGUGUACGUGGACAUUCAAGGGGAUUCUGUGCACCUGCAGGUUCCUGUGGAUUUGCCCGUACAAUGCAAUCAAAUUCUUACCGAGGGAACAUCGCGUUACAGAGGAGAGACAGGUUGUAGUGACUUUGUCAGGUUUUGAGAGGAAAGGGACUGCAGCCAUACCUGGAAGCCCUGACCGCACGACUGCCCUCACUAAAAGACUGACCAAAGCCGAAAAAGACAUCCUGUCUCUCAAGACCAGGAUCGCCUGUGAGCGAGCGUCAUGGGAACGGAGGUUCGCCUCACUGCAAAGAAAACAGGAAGAACUACGUAAUCAGCUGGCCCCUGAGGCUGGAGGGACCAGUUGUGAUGACCUGGGCGAGUCAGGAGUGGACAACGGAGACAUGUUUGAGGAGUGCUCAAGUGGUCUCUCGAGAUUUAAGUGUCAGCACUGUGGCUCCUGUGGGAGAAGUUCAUCAGACUGCCAGUUAUCUUCAUCCUCAGCACUGAGCUCGAGACUGGCUUCCUCCUCAUCUUCAGUGUCCAGUAUGAGAUCAUGGAUGACAUCCCCAGGGCCUCACCGGGUUUUUAUCCCUCACUCCCCCAUGGACCUGCAGCUGGGUCACCGGGUCAGGUUCAUGCUUCCGUCUGGACGGAUCAGCACAGGAACAAUCCGUUUCCUGGGUCACCUGCAGGGGGAGGCAGAUCUCCACCUUGGCGUGGAGCUGCAGACUCCUGAUCACGGGUUGCAUGACGGCAGCCACAAGGGACACAGCUACUUUGAAUGUAAACCUGGUUAUGGAGCCUUUGUACCGUUCCACAAACUACUGAUGGCCUGGGAAUGAGCGAAAACAGAGAGCCAACAGCCAUGGACAUGAUUCCUUAUUAUAAUGAGACUUAUGUACAUACAUUAAAACAAAACAGAUAAUAAUACAAAUAUGAUGUCAUCAGACAUGGUGGCGGGAGAGGAAUAUUACAGUGUCACGACUUCACAGAGAAACAUGGAAUUCGAAACAUGAAGUCAGACUUCAGAAAGCUAUAGAUGUUGAAAACCUGCUCAGGACUGAGACUAACACAUUUUUCUCAUGUGUGUUUGUCUCCUGGAGAAACGUGUGGAGGGACUGAAUGAAUUUACAAUAAAUGUUACAUAAAAUACUAAA